AUGGUUGAGGAUAACAUACAUGUGAUACAGAAUGACCCGCUCAUUAUCGUAGAUAAAUUCCCCUACACGAGGAAGAAGGAUAGAAUCACCGACAAAGAACAGGAAGAAAAAGAAGAAAAAAAAAAAAUCACGCAGAUAUAUUUCUUGACUCAUUUCCACGCCGAUCAUUACAGCAACAUAAAUAAAUACUUCCACGAGAACGUCUUCUCCUCGACCAUAACGAAAAAGUUAUUAACAAACAUAAUUGGAGUAAAUGAAAAGUAUAUACACAAUUUAAAAAUUAAUAAGAAUUAUCAACUUUUCAAUUUCGAAAUAAUUUUUAUCGAUGCAAAUCAUUGUCCUGGAUCUGUAAUAAUCUAUUUUGCAUUUGCAAAUGGAACAAAAAUUAUCCACACAGGCGAUUUCCGCUAUUCCAAUGUUCAUACCUUUUUAAUAAAAAAAGUAUUAAGUUGUAAAAGGAAUGAAGAAGGUUUAGGGUUUAAAUUGGACACGUUGAGUUCUACAAAAUGGGAGGAACAAACCAACGAAGGGGAGUUGUCCAUCGGGAUCAAGACGAGCUUGUCCUGGAAUGGAAAUCCAUACAAGAUCCAUUUUAGUAGCGAACAUUUAAAUAUUUAUAAAGGAAACAGUUAUAUAGUAAAUUUUGAAGAGUUUAGAAUAGCUUAUUUAAAAAACAUUGAAGAUUUCAUUUGCGGACUUAAAUAUGUGGGAAAAGAAUUUUAUUUGUACGAUUCCAUUGAAAAGGAAAAUUAUUUUAACUUUUUCAUUUACGUAGAUUUGUCUCUGUAUUUUAAUCAGAACGACGUGGAAAUAUUGCUUUUGUAUGAUGACAAUAAAAGGCUAAAUGAGAACGUGAUAAUUAACGAGGAAAAUGUAAAGAACAUUCGCUUUGUCGCUAUUUCUGAUGAAGAAAAGUUAGAAGAUGGAAUGAAUCCGAACGGAAAAAAAUCCUCAAUUUUGGUGAAAAGGGAGUUGGUUGACCAUGUGUGCGAUAACUCCGCAUUUAAUCAUAGUAAAAAAAAUGGAGUCAAGUGUGAUGGGAUGAACGGAGAAAACGGAAAGGUAAAAAAGGAAGAGGAUAUCAACUUGAACGAGUCUCGGGUUACACAUGAGAAUAUCAUGGAAGAAGAGAAGACGGUGGUAAAAGCGAAAAAAGAAAGCGAGAAUUAUCUCAUCAAGGUGGAAGAUAGUCAGGGUGGGGAAAAAAUAAAUACUCCUUGUGACGUGAACGAAUCGGAAGAAGACUCAAAUUAUAUAAGGACCAUUUACCUGGACACAACGUAUGCUUUGUCGAAAAAUAAUUUGUUCGCGCCGCAGAUGUAUUUGAUUAAUUUUAUUAUUUAUAUAUGUAAGAAGAAAAUGAGAGAAGACUCGGCCGAAUCGGUGGGAGCCGUGGUAGAGACAGGGGAGAAGCCCAAGUGUAACCUGGCUAGGACAGGCAAACGAACCCGCGCGCAUAAAUAUAAGGAAGAGGGAUGUGGAGGAAAAGUUGAUAGAACAAGUAGCGAUGAACAGAAGGGGAUAACCGCACAUGGCGCGGAAAAGAGCGAAGCCAAUGCAGUGGGGGGUAGGGAUAAGAAGAGAUCUAGGGGAGCAGGGAAUGCCCCAAAGAAAACCCUAUUCAUGUUCGGAACUUACAACCUGGGGAAGGAAAAAAUUUACCUAAGCGUAUCCGAGGCGUGCAAUAUGAAAAUACAUUUUAGGAAUGAAAAGAAGAAAACCAUAAUUGAGUCCUUUUUACACAAUAAAAGUAUGUUAAGUAGAAUAACAGACAAUAAGUUGGAAGCGCAGAUCCACAUAGUAGACAUAAAUUACUCGUAUAUAUUCCCCAGAAUUGAAAAAAAUAAAUUUAAAAAUUUAAUAGACGAAGAAAUCGAAAAAGAAUUUGAUUCCUUCUAUUAUAUUAUCCCCACAGGAUGGGUGAAAAAAUAUUCCUUUUAUCAAAAAGAUGAAAUCUCCAUUUUUUUAAUCCCAUACAGUGAACAUUCCAAUUUAUCAGAAUUGGAAAACUUUGUAAAAUCUAUCAAGCCUUGUAAUAUAAUCCCUACUGUGUUUUAUAACCUGAAGGAAAAGACGAGGAUCCUAAACAUUUUCAACUCGUGCUUGAACUUACAGAGGGAACUACUAAAUUUUUUAAAAAUAUCUGAUGAGCGUUGUUUGGUCAGCAAUAAAAAAAUAUCCAAACGGGGCGAAAAAACGAAUCACACGCGGAAGCAAAUUGUAGGAGGUAAUAUUGGAGGGGGAAAAAAUACCAAUGAUAACAACCAACCCAAAUUGACGUCGUUUUUUCCGUUCAUAAAAAGGAAGAAGCGUUGA